CCGCAAGACCGGGAGAUCUCGCGCCGCGCCGUUCGGCUCUCGCGUUCGUUUACGCCCGCUCGCUCCGUUUCAUUCGGCCGGCACACACACGGCAUUCCGCCACGGUCGACCGAUUGUAUAGGAUCUUGGUCUCUCCCGCCUGAUGUGACGGAGGCUCGCGAUGCUCAAGGAUCACACAGCAAUCACCCAGGCGCUCCUCGGAACCCUGCUCACGUGGGCCCUCACCGCGGCCGGUGCCGCGCUCGUCGUCAUCAUUCGGGGAAAACAACGCAAGCUCCUCGAUGUCAGCCUGGGGUUCGCCGCUGGCGUGAUGACAGCCGCGAGUUACUGGUCAUUGCUAGCACCGGCGAUCGAAAUGGCAGCCGAGAGCAAGAUGUACGGAGCGGAGGGCGAGUACGCGUUCGUGCCGGUCGCAGUUGGCUUUCUCGUCGGCGCGGCGUUCGUAUACGGGACGGACGUGUUGAUAUCCACCCUCGGCAUUCAGUCCCCCAAUGUGCUUUUAGCUAUGCAAUCAGUCGGUACGAAACAAAGACGCAAGAUCAUUGCGAAACUAAAGAGUGACGAGGAUUUAGACGAUGAUUAUGAUCCGUUACUUAACGACGUACAAAUACCCGGUGGAAAAAUAUACACUCGUGUUGAAUCGACCUCUAUCGAUGGCUUCUACGAACAGAAUAGUAGACGCCGACAAAUCCCGAAUAUAAACCGCUCAUCAGAAUCAGCAGAAAUUGGGACUGUUUACGAAGAUCCUAAUAACGAAGCGAAGAAUAACCAAUGGCGGAGGAUAUUACUGCUAAUUGUUGCAAUUACGGUCCACAAUAUUCCUGAGGGUCUUGCGGUUGGUGUAGGCUUCGGAGCAAUAGGUAGUAGUGCAUCAGCAACUUUUGAAAAUGCAAGAAAUCUCGCGAUCGGGAUCGGGAUACAAAACUUCCCUGAAGGAUUAGCGGUGGCCUUGCCCCUUCAAGCCGCCGGGAUUAGCACGAUGAAGAGCUUCUGGUAUGGACAGCUCUCGGGGAUGGUAGAGCCUAUCGCCGGUGUCCUCGGUGCAGCCGGAGUGACGCUCGCUGCACCUGCGCUACCUUAUGCACUUGCCUUCGCGGCCGGUGCGAUGAUCUACGUUGUGAUCGACGACAUUAUCCCGGAAGCGCAUCAAAGCGGAAAUGGCAAAUUCGCCAGCUGGGCCGCCAUCGUUGGUUUCUUGGUGAUGAUGUCCUUAGACGUUGGCCUAGGUUAA